CUGGGGGACUCAAGGCGAUAACCACACCCCCUGCCACUUGCGCAAAGCCACGGCAGAUAGCAAGUGUUCAACUAUACGAAACACAUCAAGUACGAGUUGUUUUGUACCUAUUCCCCGAUUGCAACAUCCGGUGCCGAAGUGAAAGCAUGAGUUUCCACAAAUAUCAUGAAAAGGUCCAAGAAGGUGAUACUGUCAUACUCUACCUUGGAUAUGAAAAUAUGCACGCAAUUCAAAUUAAACGUGGAGCAGUUUUUCAAACGAAAUAUGGGGCGUUAAAGCACAAUGACAUUAUAGGGACGAUCUAUGGCAGCCGAGUGCAUUGUCCCAAGGGAUAUCUCUAUGUGUUAUAUCCAACCCCUGAGUUGUGGACCUCUAACUUACCUCACAGAACUCAGAUCCUCUACUCAACAGACAUCAGUGUGGUUUCCCUCCAACUAGACCUCAAACCUGGAGCAGUUGUUGUUGAAUCAGGCACAGGAAGUGCCUCCCUUUCUCAUGCCAUUAUCAGGUCCAUCUUACCAGAUGGUCAUCUCUAUACAUUUGAGUUUCACAAAGAAAGAGCACAGAAAGCAGAGGAGGAGUUUAAGGACCAUGGCCUUUCUGAAUAUGUCACAGUGACACAUAAAGAUGUCUGUCAGUUUGGCUUUGAUCUGGAGGAUGUUGCAGAUGCUGUGUUUCUGGAUUUACCAGUUCCAUGGGAUGCUCUACCAAGUGCCAAGAAAGCUCUGAAGAAGCAAGGUGGAAGAAUCUGCUCCUUCUCCCCUUGUAUAGAACAAGUCCAAAAGACCUGUGCUUGUCUAGAUGAGUUAGGAUUUGAGGAAAUUUCAACAAUGGAGUGUCUAGUAAGGAAUUAUGAUGUGAGAACAAUUAAUCUGCCCAACCCUGAAUUUUCUAAAGAAAAAUCAAAGUCGCAACCUACAGAUACAAGAAAAAUGGAACAGGAGGAUAUGGACACAGAUUCCCCCAAGGGAGAUGACUCUGUAAAGUGUGAGGAAUCCGCUGACACUAACAGCAAAGCAUGUGACGUAAAAGAUAAAAAUCAGUCUGGGGAUGUUUUGGAUGUGCCAUCUUGGGAUUACAUUGGAAGAAAAAGUGAUGCUAAUUUCACAUUCAAGUCUGGAAUUUCCUUAGGAAGAAUGCCAGGUCAUACUGGAUAUUUAACUUUUGCCACACUCUAUCCAUUAUAGCAAUAAGUCAUUCAUUUGGAAUAAAAUUUUCUGUUUA